GCGCGCGCGCGCGGCUCCGCCCCGCCCGCUUGGCGCGCGCCCUCGGCAGGUCCGCUCUCUUCCCCCACCCCUGGCGCGGACGGGGUGGUUCCAGCUCACUCUCCUCCCCCGAGCGGCGGCAGCGGCGGCGGCGGCUGCUGCGGGCGCUGAAUGAGAGACGGUGACUGUUCGGGUCGGCGAGCGUUACUCUAGGCGGCGGCCGUGGCGGCGAAGCGUGAGGCCGGCGUCGUCUUUCCAUCCUCUGAGGCGACGGCCGCGGCUGCACAGGAAUAAUGUAUUUGUGGCCUUGGACAUGAGGCAGUCAGUCCUCUGUUGCUGUUAACAUAAGGUCAGGGACUGAUGAGGAAAGCAUGGACCUAAUGAACGGGCAGGCAAGCAAUGUCAAUAUUGCAGCUACUGCUUCUGAGAAAAGUAGCAGCUCUGAAUCCUUAAGUGACAAAGGUUCUGAGUUGAAGAAAAGCUUUGAUGCUGUGGUAUUUGAUGUUCUUAAGGUUACACCAGAAGAAUAUGCGGGUCAGAUAACAUUAAUGGAUGUUCCAGUAUUUAAAGCUAUUCAACCAGAUGAGCUUUCAAGUUGUGGAUGGAAUAAAAAAGAAAAGUACAGUUCUGCACCAAAUGCAGUUGCCUUCACAAGAAGAUUCAAUCAUGUAAGCUUUUGGGUUGUUAGAGAGAUUCUUCAUGCUCAAACAUUAAAAAUUAGAGCAGAAGUUUUGAGCCACUAUAUUAAAACUGCUAAGAAACUGUAUGAGCUGAAUAACCUUCAUGCACUUAUGGCAGUGGUUUCUGGCUUACAGAGUGCCCCAAUUUUCAGGUUGACUAAAACAUGGGCGUUAUUAAGUCGAAAAGACAAAACUACCUUUGAAAAAUUAGAAUAUGUAAUGAGUAAAGAAGAUAACUACAAAAGACUCAGAGACUAUAUAAGUAGCUUAAAGAUGACACCUUGCAUUCCCUAUUUAGGUAUCUAUUUGUCAGAUUUAACAUACAUUGAUUCAGCAUACCCAUCAACUGGCAGCAUUCUAGAAAAUGAGCAGAGAUCAAAUUUAAUGAAUAAUAUCCUUCGAAUAAUUUCUGAUUUACAACAGUCUUGUGAAUAUGAUAUUCCCAUGUUGCCUCAUGUCCAAAAAUAUCUGAACUCCGUUCAAUAUAUAGAAGAACUACAAAAAUUUGUGGAAGACGAUAAUUACAAGCUUUCAUUAAAGAUAGAACCAGGGACGAGCACCCCACGUUCUGCUGCUUCCAGAGAAGAUUUAGUAGGUCCUGAAGUAGGAGCAUCUCCACAGAGUGGACGAAAAAGUGUGGCAGCUGAAGGAGCCUUGCUCCCACAGACACCACCAUCCCCUCGGAAUCUGAUUCCACAUGGACAUAGGAAGUGCCAUAGCUUGGGUUAUAAUUUCAUUCAUAAAAUGAACACCACAGAAUUUAAGAGUGCAACAUUUCCAAAUGCAGGGCCAAGACAUCUGUUAGAUGAUAGCGUCAUGGAGCCCCAUGCGCCAUCUCGAGGCCAAGCUGAAAGUUCUACUCUUUCUAGUGGAAUAUCAAUAGGUAGCAGUGAUGGUUCUGAACUAAGUGAAGAGACCUCAUGGCCUGCUUUUGAAAGGAACAGAUUAUACCAUUCUCUCGGCCCGGUGACAAGAGUGGCACGAAAUGGCUAUCGAAGUCACAUGAAGGCCAGCAGUUCUGCAGAAUCAGAAGAUUUGGCAGUACAUUUAUAUCCAGGAGCUGUUACUAUUCAAGGUGUUCUCAGGAGAAAAACUUUGUUAAAAGAAGGCAAAAAGCCUACAGUAGCAUCUUGGACAAAAUAUUGGGCAGCUUUGUGUGGGACACAGCUUUUUUACUAUGCUGCCAAAUCCCUAAAGGCUACAGAACGAAAACAUUUCAAAUCAACAUCCAAUAAGAACGUAUCUGUGGUAGGAUGGAUGGUGAUGAUGGCUGAUGACCCUGAACAUCCUGAUCUCUUCCUGCUGACUGACUCUGAGAAAGGAAAUUCAUACAAGUUUCAAGCUGGCAAUAGAAUGAAUGCAAUGCUAUGGUUUAAGCAUUUGAGUGCAGCCUGCCAAAGUAACAAACAACAGGUUCCUACAAACUUGAUGACUUUUGAGUAGAAGCCUGAGAAAAAAAAAGAGAGGUGAACUAUUGCUUCUAUGUGAGCAUGGGGACCUGAUAAAAGAGCGCCAGCUAUAAACCAUCCUGUGCCAGGAAGAGCCCAGCGGCUCUGUCUCAGUCUUUGGAAUUCUGAACCAAAAAAGCACUAAUUUCAGGGAAUGAAUUGAGAUAUUCCCAGAGAACAAAUUGGAGUUGCAGAACAAACUGCCAUGAACCGUGCUUCUUAUCUCAGAACUGACCUGUGGAAACCACUGCCUUAAAAGAAUGAAAGGAAAACCAACAUGAAACACCAAAUAGUGUGUGUGAAUCUUCUGGCGGUGCUGUGCUUGGAAUAGAUCGUAGCUAAUUUGCAUUUCUUUUAACUUUGUAAUAAUUUUAGAGGGGGGAAUUGCCUUUUUUAGAUAUGCUUUAAAAAGGAAAAACGUAUUCUUGCGGAUUCCAUCAGGAGCUGGUUUUGAACCGAGGUGAAGAGACUUAGCAGGGAUUGUACCAGCAGCCCACCUGCAAGGUUUGUUCUCCCUCUAGUAGUCUGCAGCCUCACUGGCUUUCUCACAGCGAGAGUGUAGGAAUGAGAAGUGUUAGUCAUGUGAGUUGUUGGGUUUGUUUGGGAUUGGGUGGGGGUGUUUGUUUUGUUUUGGAUGAGGGGAGAAUUUUUUAAACACUAAACUUCUGAAAUGUAGUACUGUAAGGGGAACAUUAUUUCCUGCAGGAGGUACAAAGGCUGAGUGUUCAUUUGCCAGACACUUUUUUUUAAGUAGGUUCCAGAAAACAUGGUUUUUUCUAACUAGGGUUAAAGUUUAGCUUUCUAUAUGAAUUCAUUGUUGGACCACGGAUCUACUUAAGUAAAGAACUAUAAUCCCAACCUUAAUUUUCUGAGAUUUUACAAUAAUUAGAUCUUUUCCCAAGUUAAUUGGAUUUUCCCUUCUCCCAGUCACAGGUGGUUUUUAUCAUCAAGACACAUUGAUAUUUUGUCAGGAUAUUUUCUUCACAGUGUUUAAUGUGCAUAAUGCCAGAGUUAUUUUUUUAUUAUUCAUUUUCUCUCUUUUUGUUCAAUAUGAGAUACAGGAUCAUAUUUGUUUAAAAGGUAACACAUAUAGAUGUACGUAUGUAUUUUGUUAUAAGACAUACAGAAUAAUUUUAAGAGGGAUAAAGGUGAAAAUGUCAGAUUCUGGAAAUUUUGAGUAUCUAAACUUUAUACUUCUUGUGUGAUUUACCAUAAACAUACCAAAACAUUUUUCUGAAAAUUUACUGUAGUAGGUCUCUGACUUGAAGCCACAUUUUGUCAGUAGUUGACCAAGCAGUUUUAUGAGAACUCUUCUAUGCAAUAAUGCAUUUAAUUUCUAAAGUAAAUGUCAAAUUAUUUUUUAAAAAAGUUUGAAGGUGAGAUGCCUUAGAAUUUUAACGAAAAAUGACACUCAAACAAAGGCUAUGUGUUGAAUGUUAUAAACUCUUGAGACAUAAUAAAUUUUAGCAGUGGCCCAGAGUAAGGUAAUGCUUUGUGACCGAUAUCUACUAAUAGACAUCUGUUACUUUGGGCUUCACAUAAAAUUUCUCACAUUCAUAUUCUUAGAGAAUUUUAUACUUUUUUAUUAUAAGUAUUUUGCCCUUGAGUCCAUGAAACUUCAAUCGAAAAUAUUGCUUAUACAAUAAUUAGCUUAAAAUCCAUCCAAAGGAAAAGAGAAGAGCUUUUUUUGAGUGUUAAGUUUUUUAAUUUAGUUUUAUGUUUGGAAAAGAUGUUAAGAGUUCAAAUAUGCUUCUUGUAUAGCAGAAAUACCAUUAUUUCUGGGGGUUAGUGACAUAGGCUGGAGAGGGCAAAAGUUUCCUGUGCUGAAUGAUUUUUCAAUUAAUGCUCUAAGCUUAACCCAUGUUGGGUAAUAGAAAGGCACCACCUGCUUAGCCAGCAGUAUUACUACGUAGACCUUGCACAUCUUACUUUUGUUUUGCAUUUUUUAAAAUUUCUUAAUUUGUUUAUUUCUCUUCAGAAAUAGUGUUUUUAACAGUGUAUGUGCUUUUUUAAAAAGUAUUGUGAAUGAGAACCCUGUGGAUUUUUUUUUAUUUCAUUUGUUUGUCAUAAAUAAGCUAACGUAGACAUAUUGUAGGUUAACCAUAUCUGGGGAAAUAUGCAGUUGGAAGUCAGAGCCUGACAUCACAUAGUUUUGCCAAAGGGAGAGAGCUAAGCUGGAAGAUGUGUUUGAUAUUUUCAGCUCUAAACAUUAGUGGAUGCUUGCUUUGAAUAAUAUAGUGUUCAAAUUUGGUUAAUAGUUUGUAGAUAGACUUGUGGCCUCGGACUGACUAAAUUUCUUAACAGUGAAGAAGUCAUUGUUGUUUUUCUGUCUUUAAAAUUUAUUCAUUCAAAAAAUUAGGCAUUGCUUUUUAAGGUUAUUUUAGCAUUUGAAGUAAAUUGAGAACAGAAAAGUGAGUUAAAAUAGUGUAGGUGAAUUUUUUAUCUAUAAUUCACCAAAUAAUAACUGAUAAUAAUUCAAAGAAAAUAUGUUACUAAAAUAUAUUAAAUAUUUAGAUAGUUCAUUCGUGGGAAGAUGAAUCUUCUUAUUAAGCCUACCCUCAAUUGUAAAUAAGUGACUCAAAAGCUCAAAAUGUUCAUCAGCAUUAAGGUCAUUUGUUUCGCCGUUAGCCAAGAAGAACUCAUUAGAAAUUCAGUUGUAAUUUAAAUUUAAGCCUGUUUAUGAUAAGCAUAAUGAUUGGCAUGUUACACAGCCUGUGAAAAUAACUACAGAAUGACCUUCCAGAGCACUGUUUUUGGCCUCAUGCCUGCUCUGUUCAGGCUCUGCUGUUUUUCAGAAUAUGAUUUUUACCUCCAGACAGUAAGAAUUGAACAAGAACUGAUCAAACACGCCUUCCUAUUUUGUUUUCUUCACUAUGUAAAUAUUAUUUGGGUAAACAUUACAAGAAGGGAUCCAAACAAUUUGAAUUUCAGUAUUUUUUUCUCCCUGGGCAUGUGCUUCAAUUUCAAAUAUUUUUUCUGUGUGGAAAAUGCCAGGUAACUAUUGCACUACCUUCUAUGUGGACUGUGUUGGUAUUGGUUCUUAAUGUAUAUCAAAAGUCAGGGUGUUUAUAACUGCAAAGUUUGUGUAAGUGGCUUUAUUCCUCUUCUAGAAGAUUUAUGAGGAGCCUAGGAAGCACUAUUGGUACAGGAGGAAAAAAGAAUGGAAAACAUGUUUACAGACUCCUUAUGAGCUUAAACUGGGGCCCCCAAAGAGCAACCUGUUGAUCUUUUGGCCAAAUGACUUGAGCAUAAGUCUUUUAUUUCUUUUUGAAGUUAAAUUGUAAGCUGUAUACCUUUACUACUGAAAACAAAACUAUAGGGCAUCAUACUAAUCGAAAAUCAAUAGUAACAGGUUUAAUCCAUUGGCUUUUUAAAUGAAUAGAUCUAGUAUUGAUUUCCUUCCUGUUUUUUUGAGGCACAUUCCUUUACAACCAGUUUUUAAACCACCACGUAAUCAUCUUCUGCAAACAAGGGGUACCAGUGUUGCCUAACAGAAGAUAAUCUUUAAUAAAGUAAAUCCUCUGCUUCAAAGGCUUUUGAAAUAAUUGGAUCCCUUUUUGAAAAUGAAGAUGAGUUUAACUGUGUCCAGGUGGAAUAAUAAUACUGCUGUUGCAUGAGGUGAUACAAAGCAAGUGAUGAGGUUGGUCUGGCUUCUUUAGUGACCUUUUAGGGUUUGCUUUUAUUUUCUCUCUUUUGUAUUAUUUCUUUCAAACAUAGUAAAUAUAUGAUUUUUGCAGCCAGAGUGGUAUUCUGUUUUUUCUAAGCUUUGAGAUACAAAUAUUGCUAUUUUAUUGCAUUGAUGAUAAAUUACUUUCCAUGUGAACCUUUUCAAAAUGAUUUAAGUACCUUUGAUUUUGCUCCCCUAAAAAUGGCUUGUGUCUAAAAUGACAUUUUUUUUCCCCAAUUUGGAGGGUUCUAAUGAAAGAGUUCCAGGCAUAAAAACUCUUUUGCUUAUUGAAAGCAAUUUGAUUACACCUUUGUCUCAAGUUUUAGUGGGGAGAAAAUUUGGUCAGUGCCUUAUUAUUUGAAGAGCAAUUUUAGGGCAUCAAGUAUGACAAUAAUCACGUGCCCUCUUGCUCCUCUUAUUUCAGGAGUGUGUGCUAUCCCUCUCUCCACCAGCUUAAUCUUUCUCACCCCAAGUCUAACAAAGUCUUUACAGAAACCCCUGUAGGUAAUUGUUUCAGUCCUCCUUGGUUUUUGAGUCUUUUUAAACAAGCUCCCACCCUGCUUCUGUCCUUUUAGAGUAGAAGAUUAAAAAUAAAUCCACCCCAGUCAACCUUUAGAUAAGCACUCUUAAAAACGAAUUUGAAGAGCACUCUUCAGCCAAGUUCGGUUUUACUUUGUUGUUGAUGUUUUGAGCAUACAUUUAAUUGUAAGGCCUUUUGGAAAAGCCCUAAAAGAAUAAGAUACAACCAGAAAUACUUGAGUUUUGUUAAAUGUACUGAAAUCUUGUAAUAAAAAUCCCUUUGGCCAGAAAUGAGAUUUAUUUCCAUUUAUUUUUACAUUUAAGUAACACUCAAAACAAACAAGUAGUCACUUAACCUGCCAGUUAUUAUUUUCUUGAAAAUAUGCAAGAAAGUAAAAAUAUCUCUUAUAUAAAUUAAAAGGAAGUUAAGAGAUUAAGCUAGUUUUCUCAGUGAAAGCAAAGCUUGGAAAUAUUUUUCUUCUCUCAGAUUAUUGGGAGACCUGGAGCCUACCGGAUGUUAACCUGAGUCAAGAUGUUCUUUUCACAUUUUUUUAAAGGGCUAGUAUGUUCUACAGUAGGCAAGUAGUCAUUCAAGCCAAGUGAAAGAGUUAACUGGUCCUUGAGGAUUGUUAGCAGAAUUUGAAUUUUGACCCUGGCCAUUUGUACUACAGAAGUGAUGGUGGGAUUAAAAGAAUACAUAAUUACAGUGUUUCGGGAUUGGGCUCUUUUUUGUCUUAAUAGAAAAGCAGAAACUUCAUAAAUAUUAGCCGUGCUUUAGAUACCAGAUAACAAAUAUUGUUUCCCCUGAAGAUAUGACCUACUAGAACUACUCACAUAUAUAUAGUCCAGUCAUUACUGACUUAAUAGUUAUGGUGAAACAGCUGAUAAUAAGUCAGCAGACUCUCAAGAGUUUCUGUACCUUGAUUAUUGACAAAUUCAUUGUUUUACAUCCUACCGAAGUACAUGUGUGUGGGGAAGGGGUGGGGAACUGGUUCACAAUAUAAUCUAAAGGAGAUCAAACAUCUGUAGGGACAGGUACCCAGUGAUAAUAAUAUAUCUGAAAACACAAGCCAUUUUUAUUCUUUAUCCCAAGUAACUUGAGGUACUCUAAUGAUGAAGCACUCGAUUGCACUAUGACCUCCUUGAGUGAUGUGCAGCUUGGUUCCUCUCUCACUUUUUGUUUCUUUUUAAUAUGCAAAUGUGAGUGUGCGAUCUUCAGUGUGUCUGCAUAAGCUAACUUAAAAUGAAUUUAAGUACAGUUUUCUGAAAUAUUUCUAUUGAAAUAAAUUACUUAAAAUCA